UUGGCCUACAAAAUGUAUAGAACUGGCCUGUAAUACGAGUACACGACAUGGGAGGAUUCAGAAAGCUUCGGGGUCCGAAUAGUGUGUUUUUUUAUGAUUAGCAACCCGAGAUGCAAGGCGUUGCCCAUGUAAUAGUUGGCUAGUUCAAAUUUUGAUAUCAAUAAGUUGAACGGAGCGAUAAUCAACUAGUAUCCUUGGUGUAAUAAGGUUGUUAGGAUGCAUAUACGAAAUAUCUAUUCCAAUGUGUGAUUAUGGUAAGGAAAGCCGCAGGCUUGGCGCCCCAGAAUACCGAAAGUUACCCACACUUUCCUGACUUGUGUGUUGAAUAACAAACCAUUUAUUCCCAACGAGACACCCAUCACCCGAUGGCGUUGGUUCAAUAUUCUGAUUCAGAGUCCGAAGAAGAUGCUUCACAGAGUGAAAUUUCCCCUAGGCCAGCCAAGAGACUGCGGCAAGAAAGCACUGCCACGCCGGUCUCAUCUCUCCCUCCACUACCGAACGCCUUUCAUGAUCUAUAUGCAUCGAGCACUCGUAUUAGUGUAAAAGAUGAUCCAAGCCUCCAUGGGGGCCGUAAAAGGGCCAUUCCGCACGUUGAAGGAAACUGGCCGACUCAUAUCUAUCUAGAGUGGUAUCCGUCGAAAGGAGAGCUGUUCAUCUUAAGCAGUGUGAUUGCGCAGGUGGAGGGAAGGCUUAGAAAAAAUAAAGUGGAGCUCAAUAGCUUGCUGCGAAGUGAUCUUGGCGCACAACUCCCACUGCAUAUCAGCCUCUCAAGGCCAGUAGUUCUUCGGACUGAGCAAAGGCAAUCAUUUUUGGAAACUUUUAAAUCCGCCAUUCAAGACUCAAACAUACGAGCGUUCAAUACGACAACGGAAGGCUUACAUUGUGUGUCCAAUUAUGAAAAGACACGGUGGUUUUAUGUUCUGCGAGUGAAAAAGCCAGAAAAUGACGCCCUCAACUGCCUUCUGAAACUCUCAAAUCGAUCAUUAGCUUUAUUUAGCCAGCCACCGCUAUACGGGGCUUCACCACAUGUCUUGAAGGCAGAUGCAGGUGCUAGCACCCCUAUGCAAUGGCAGCGAGGUGGUUUUGAAGACUAUUCCCACUGCUUUCACAUCUCUUUGGCUUGGAGCUUGACAGAACCUUCUCCCGAUGAAAGGGACCAAAUCGCGAAGAUAGAACUUCGAGAACUCAGUGAUUUAAGGGUCUACUUCGACCGCGUGAAGGCGAAGAUUGGCAACCAUAUAACGAGUAUACCGCUUGCUAGUCUGCUGGGGUAAUUAGUUAGGAAAGAACGGAGAAUUUUAUUUCUCCCGUGAUAUAUGAACAUCAUUGAUCGACGCCUUGCAUUAACACUUACAGUGCAGCUCCUGGACGAACAACUGCAGGAUCAGCUGACUAGUCACUGUCCCAGUGAUCCAAGCGCGAAUAAUAAUAAGAUGAUUGGAGGGUAGGAGAAAAAGGCUGCUUGGUUCAGUUCAGAAGUCUACGAUCGGCUGACGAGAAAGAUUCUAUGGA